UCGUAGUACAGGGACCAAUGAGAAUUCUGGCAGAGACUUGUAAACAAGUUCUACACGUUGCGAGAUGUAUUAUUUUAGCACCCUUACUACGAAAUGCGUUAUCUGUUCGUGGACCGCACGGAUUAAAGACAGCUAUACAGGGGCAUUCAGAAGAGGAUGUAUCUGUGAAAUACCUGAGACAAAGAGGAGGGUGGUCCAGAUACUGCCACUCUGAAGAUGCUGAGAGAGAGAGAGAGAGAGAGAGAGAGAGAGAGAGAGAGAGUGAGAGAGAGAGAGGGGAGAGAGAGAGAGAGAGAGAGAGAGAGAGAGAGAGAGAGAGAGAGAGAGAGAGAGAGAGAGAGAGAGAGAGAGAGAGAGAGAGAGAGAGAGAGAGAGAGAGAGAGAAAGAGAGUGAGAGAGUGAGAGAGAGAGAGAGAGAGAGAGAGAGAGAGAGCAUUCAAUGUAAAGGAGAAAAAGAAACCUCAGGUUUCCAUCCAUCUGUCCAGACCUGACUAAUAUGAGGACUGAGGCUGCUUGGUGACCCAGGGAAGGCCAGACUGGUCUCCAACGAUGUGCUGGCAAAGAUGGAAACCUGUCUGGAAUAUCCCGGGGUCAGGCCUGCCUCAGGUUUGUGAGGAGCAAAAGUGUGAGGAGGAAGUUUUUCCUUUGGCCAUGAACUACCUAGACAGAUUUUUAGCUGUGGUACCAACCAGAAAGUGUAACCUUCAGCUUCUGGGAGCGGUGUGCAUGUUUCUGGCAUCUAAACUGAAAGAGACCAGGCCCCUAACAGCAGAGAAGCUCUGCAUUUACACAGACAACUCCAUCAGGCCGCAGGAACUUCUGGAGUGGGAGUUGGUGGUCCUUGGGAAGUUGAAGUGGAACCUGGCUGCCGUGACGCCCAAUGACUUCAUCGAGCACAUAGUCAGGAAGCUUCCGCUGCCGGAGGACAAGCUGGCGCUGAUACGCAAACACGUCCAGACCUUCAUCGCUCUCUGCGCAACAGAUUUCAACUUCGCCAUGUACCCUCCUUCCAUGAUCGCCACGGGCAGCGUAGGAGCAGCUAUCUGCGGCCUGCAGUUGGACUCCGUGGACCAAUCACAGUGGGGCGACAGUCUGACUGAGCUGCUAGCCAAGAUCACAAACACAGACAUGGAUGUGCUGAAGGCCUGUCAGGAGCAGAUUGAGCGUGUGCUGGUGAGCAGCCUACGUGAGGGCCGGCAACAGCAGCAGCAGGUUCAGAGAGGCCCCAGCAGCAAAGCCCUCGACGAGGUCGACCAGUCCAGCACCCCCACGGACGUACGAGACGUCAACCUCUGAAAUUUCCACCAGGGGCCGCAAGAGAGCAACCGCAGUGCCACGAGUUACAAUAUAUUGAUAAGAAGAAGAAAAAAAAACUACAAAAACACAAAAACUACAAAAAACAACAUACCCCUCAAAAAAAAGUGCAUGCUAGUUUUUGUAGGUUUCCUAUUUUGUAAUACAAAACAUGUGCCCAUGUAUAUUAUAAAAUCAAAGCUAUUUUAGAUACAAGAUAGAUAUUUCUAAGAUAUAUAGUCUAUUUGAAAAGCUAUGAACUUGAGCAAACAAGCAGUGUUGCAUCCCAUUUACAUGAGUCAUAUCCCACUCAAUUUAUGAUAGAGUUAUCUGGAAAUAAUAUCUUGAAAAUAUGACUUUUUAACAUGUAGUGGGGUGGCCAACCUUGCAGAUACGGGGUCACACUGGGGGCGAAGGUUUUGGUUUUGUUUAUACCUUGUUGGUCGGUGUGAGACGCAUCAUGUGGGCUCUCUUCAGAGCAGGUGUGAAGCCGCAGGCAGCAGGGACUGGCCUGUACGCUGAUGACGAGUAUGGAUGCAUUGACAGAUCUUUGAGAAAGAAAGAUGGAGACGACAGCCAAUUAUUAUUACUAUUAAUAUUAAUGUUGACAUCAAAAAGCUCUUUUUGUCAGGUUGCUUGUGUGUAGGUGUGUACGUAUGUGUGCGUGCGUGCACGUGUUUGUGAGAGUGACAGAGCAAACGAGAAACAGAGACAGAGACUGUGUUAUACCAUUACUGCUCAACACCUGAGAGUCCAGACCAGGCCAGACUAAAGAGACAGACCAGGGUUCAGACCAGGGAUCAGACCAGGGUCCAGACGAGGGAUCAGACCAGGGUUCAGACCAGGGAUCAGACCAGGGUCCAGACGAGGGAUCAGACCAGGGAUCAGACCAGGGAUCAGACCAGGGAUCAGACCAGGGUUCAGACCAGGGAUCAGACCAGGGUCCAGACCAGGGAUCAGACCAGGGAUCAGACCAGGGAUCAGACCAGGGUCCAGACCAGGGAUUAGACCAGGGUCCAGACCAGGGAUUAGACCAGGGUUCAGACCAGGGAUUAGACCAGGGUCCAGACCAGGGAUUAGACCAGGAUUCAGACCAGGGUUCAGACCAGGGUUCAGACCAGGGCAUCUAAACUGCAUCACUGCCGCAGAGUAAAGGACCAGUAUCAGACUGCACUGUCUUACAGAGAUGCUGAGAGGUAGACAGAGAGAUGGAGAGAUUAGAGAAAGGUGAGAGAGAUUUUAUGUUGUCUCCGUUAAGACCUAGUCUAUUUUUUGGUUAUCUAAGGCCCUAAUAUGAGCUGUUUCGGAGGGCCAUCACCUCACAUUUGAGGUAUUUCAAGUUUUUCCUUAUCACUGCCAAUGUCCCAAUUGAAUACAGCCACAUGACACUGUGUUCCAUGUCAGUGGCUGUAAGGUGGUUGAGGUUCUGGGAAGCCUCAUUGACUGGAGGAUACAUGAUAGUACAUAGGAGGACUUUAAGCGUAGAGGAUAGUAGAGUGCGGAAACAGACUUUGGUCAAUGUACUGCACACUUAGGGCACAUUUGAUUUAGGUAACCCAGAAAGAUAUUACCAGUGGUACACUGGUGAACAAUCAAGUACAACAUUUGAGGUAAAUGAAAGGCACCCCCGAUAGGUUUGGAGGAUGGGAUCAGUGUGUUUGGAGGUGUGGGGGGGACAGCGUGUGGCAAGGUUAGGGUGGGAUUCAUGAGAGGAAGGAUGGGGGGGUGCUAGGGAGGGGGAUGAUCAAAGGAUGGAUGGAUGGAGGAGAGGAGUAUGCUGCUGUGAGGGGAGGGGGAGUGGCCAGGAACAGGCCAGUGGGCAGUUCAAAAUCUUAAGCCUAAAGGCCUCGUAUUUUAACUUCAAGAUCCAUGUUCGGGAAUGUUCUUUGCAAAGAGUGAUGAACUAGGAUGGUAGCCAGCCUUUUAGCUGUGAGCUGGCCCUUCUAGGAUGAUCACUCUUUGAGGAAAUAUCAGAGCAGGGGGGAUAUAAUCAAUGCAUCGUUUUAGUCCUGUUUCAAUGCGCCUAUGAUUUAAACAACAGCAAAGCACUUUGAAAACAUGUUCCCAUGGAGAAGAGACGAGCCAGAAAAUGUGUCUGGAUCGGGGGCUCUAUUGAUGUUUUCAGUUUUUUUCUUGUUAGUUUUUUUAGUUUUCUUUCUUUGGUUUACUAAGUAGGGCUGGUUUCCCGGAUGUCAGAUGUACGUUCCCAUGGUAACAAGCAGGUGUCCAAAUAAAACAGCGACACCUAAGGACAGAGGACAUUCCGAAUAUUGAAAAACAUUCCUUAACAAUAUUGCUCGUGCAAAGGAAAGGCAAGUCUGACCAUUUAAUGUAUUUCAACAAAAACUAUGCCAAUGCAAAUUUUCUGUUGAAAAAAAGGCUGCAUUAAAAUACAAAAAAAGAGGUUUUAUUUUAGUUGUUUUAGUUUAUUUUUUUAGAAUUUUAUUUUGGUGGUUAUAUAAUUAUGAAAUAUUUGUUUACUUGAAUCUUUUGUUCCUAUUUGAUCUGCUUUGAUAGUGAAUAAAUCCAAGUCACAUGGGCUGUGUACUAACUACACAGAGGAGGACAUUUUCUGAGGGCAAAUAGAAUAUUUCAAAUCUCAAAGGAUUUAAAUGGCGAGGCUGUGUUUCAAAAGGGGAUAAAGCUUUGGUGCGUUUGUGCACGUUAGGCAGAGGGACAAAUGAGAGGAACUUUUUAACAGGUUACUCAAAAGAAGUGUGUCACUUUUGAGAAACUGAUGUCAUAAAAUUAGAUUUCAGUCUCUAACCAAAACAUGCCCUUGUUCAUCAUUUUCCAUGUUAUUCCCGGAUAUUCUUCCAGCAACUCUGAACGUGCAUCAAAUCAUGAUAUUUUCUUAAAUCUACUAUGUAGUUGACUGUGUUUGGUAGACCACCUGUAAGAUUUGUGUUGUGUAAUGGGGCAAAUCCAACCCUGUCUAGAGUUAGUGUUUAGAGAUACUGUAUUCCAACCCUGUCUAGAGUUAGUGUUUAGAGAUACUGUAUUCCAAAGUGAAGAGGAGAAGGUGUGAAGACAUUGUAAAAGUGUCAAUAUUUUUAUUGAGUUUAUUAUUAUUGUCCUUUUUGCGCUGCUAAAAGCUAUGAUUUUUGUUUCAUUCUUAUAUUACAGAUGAAUAACAUUACCUAGUUGUGAUGUAUCACUUGAGUGUGCUGCUAUUUUAUAAACAUUUGUAUUAUAAUAUAAUUAUUUUACUGCUUAUGAGAUACGUUCAGAUUCCUGAAAUUAGAUGGUAAUAGAAGAACAUGACAUGAGUAUUCGACUGGAAAUGUUCUUUGUACAGUGUUUUUUUGUUGGUUUGUUUUGUUUCUUUUUUUUUUUUGCUUAGAUAGCAUGUUUCUUUUCUCUUUUUUAUCUAUUUUUCUCUCUUUUCUUGGUCACAUAAAAAUGCGGUAUGUCUAUACCUCAGGUUUACUGGUUAAAAAGGUUAGAAACAACUCUCUCAUUACCUCAAAACUCUGCAGUUAGGGAGCCUUGAGAGGAACAGCAGAACGUGUGACAGUUCAUGAUCACAGACCUGGGUACCAAACCAUGUACACAUAUUGGUCUAUAUGUGGAACUGGUGUUCUCAUUAGAAAGAACCCAAUGAAACAGCCCUCAAGAAGGGAUGUUGUGAGAUAAUCAAACUCACCUCAUAUACUUUUAAGUAUUUGACGUAUUGGCACCAGGAUGUAAUGAAACGUACUAAACUGUGUUGGAGGGGUCUCUUGUUCCCCUGCAUGGCUGACACCUGCAUGUUCAAGGCUCCCACAUGGACUCAUACACCCAGUGGAGGAGGGGCCCACUUCCAAACCAUAAGCACUUCCAUGGUCAAAUAUAUAAGAGAUAACGUCCAUUUUGGUGCUCCAUAUAUGACUUGUCUGGUCACCGUUGUAAUGGGGAAACAUGAUCCCACCAUGCUUUGUAAUAAUCACAUUGAAUGUUGAUCAAUUGGGAUUUAUCCCAAAACAUGUUGAGCUAGCUGGCUUCUACCACCAUCCCAUUGGUCUGGGAACCUCCAGCAGUCGUGAUGUGUAGACCAAUCCAGAAUGUUGAUGUUGGCUGGAUUGACCAAUCAAGCAACUCACCACAAAAGUGCAUUUCCACAGUGAUGUCUCUUUUAGUUCCUUUAACUCCACUAUAAUUCCCAUCAUGUACCUCAAUGUUUAUUGCACAACCUCUGUUCAAUAAAAUUCUGCUUUAAAUAGUGUGACACCA